GCCUCCCACAUCGUGGAUCGUCGUCGUCGUCAUUCUUCUUUGAGUCUUUGCGUGACGCUCGUGGGUACGGCAAACUCUUCCUUUAUUAGAAUCAAUUCAACGCAAAAAAGAAAGAUAUAAAAGAAGAAAACUCUUUCGACCUCAUAAAUAGUAAUCUUUUAUUCUUCGAUAUUCUUCGACUUUCUCCCGGUUGUGUUCUAUUAUUUUAAAUACAUUCGUAUUUGCCGACGUCUCUCUAUCUUAUUCUAUUUUACUAAUAUUAAAUUUAGCUUACGAAACGAGCUGGGACGAGACGCUUACUCGCAUAUACGCGCGCGCGCGCUUACAUAUUCAUAAAAAGGGAAAACUAACGCGCGUGCGUAUUCAUCGGUCUAUCGUCUACGCAAGUACACGUGCUGUCUGGCUAUUUAUCAUCUUGCAUACCACUUUGAUUUAGGAGCGCUUAGAAAGUGAGAACGAAAAGUUUAAAGGAAGUUUAAGUCGUAAAGAAGAUAUCCCAGCGAGAGGGAGAGAGAGAGAGAGAGAGAGAGAGAGAGAGAGAGAGGAAUAAGCUGAAAAAGAAGCGUACGCGGAAAGCGCACGCGGAAAAGCGCACGCGCAUAAAAAGUAAAUACAAGUGUAUAUUUAUUCAGGUUAUUAUUCAUUGAGAAAAGUCAAGGAUAGUCGAAGAUAUACGGAAUACGUUCCGUACGUUUUCGGGAAGAUGUCGCACAAGAUACAAAAACAAAGCGCACCACCUGUACAUGGGGGCAAAUUUCAGAGGACGCCCAUGCGCCCGAUGAUAGCGGAAUACGACCCAAAGAAGCACGGUGUGAAAACUGAACUGUCAGACAUGAUUGUCCUCAAAUACAAGUGCGAGAAAAAUGAUGUACCGAUCACCGUGACGAACGGAUCGACUUUGCCUCUCGUGGAACGUCAAAACGACGAAGAAGCAGCACUUUACGAUCCAUUCGAGCAUCGAAAAUUGGCUCAUCCUACCUCGGAUUUAGAUACGCUGAUACAUCUGCUCAAAGGAAGUCUCGGUACUGGCAUACUGGCUAUGCCAUUGGCAUUCCGAAAUGCUGGUCUCGUUUUCGGUCUUUUUGCGACUUUCUUCAUCGGCGCCAUUUGCACUUAUUGCGUACACAUAUUGGUCAAAUGCGCCCACGAUCUUUGUAGAAGGACGCAGACCCCGAGUUUGGGAUUCGCUGAUGUCGCCGAGACGGCCUUUCUCGUUGGUCCGGAAAGCGUACAAAAGUAUGCUCGGCUGGCCAAAGCCACCAUCAACUGUUUCCUAGUGAUCGAUCUGAUCGGUUGUUGCUGCGUAUAUAUCGUAUUUAUUGCGACGAAUCUCGAAGAGGUGGUAACUUAUUACACGAAAAUGGGCGAGGAUUGGGAAGCGGUCGAUCGUUUGAGAUUAUACAUGGCCGCUCUUUUACCAUUCCUCAUUGUCUUUUCUCUCGUGAGAAAUCUCAAGUACCUAGCCCCAUUUUCAAUGCUUGCCAACAUAUUGAUCGCUACAGGAAUGGGCAUAACUUUCUAUUACAUUUUUACCGAUCUACCAACGAUCAGCGAUGUGCCAAACUUUUCGAGCUGGGCUCAACUUCCCCUGUUUUUCGGUACAGCGAUCUUCGCUCUCGAGGGCAUCGGCGUCGUAAUGCCCUUGGAGAACAACAUGAAAACGCCGACCCAUUUCAUCGGUUGUCCCGGAGUCUUAAAUACCGGUAUGUUCUGCGUCGUCUUACUUUACAGUACCGUAGGUUUCUUUGGUUAUUGGAAAUACGGCGAGCAAACGGCCGCUUCGAUCACCUUGAAUCCGCCACAGGAUGAGAUACUUGCACAAUCGGCGAAGAUCAUGAUCGCCAUUGCGAUAUUCUUUACUUACGGCUUGCAAUUCUACGUACCGAUGGAAAUCAUUUGGAAAAAUAUCAGGCAUUACUUUGGCUCGAGAAAAAUUAUGGCCGAAUAUUCCCUUCGGAUAUUUUUGGUUAUAUUCACCGUGUCCGUUGCUAUCGCAAUGCCAUCCCUCGGCCCAUUCAUCUCGCUGGUAGGUGCGGUUUGUCUAUCGACACUUGGAAUGAUGUUCCCGUCGGUCAUAGAAUUGGUAACAGUUUGGGAACAAGACGACGGCCUUGGUAAAUACAAGUGGAGACUUUGGAAGAAUAUUGCCAUCAUUUCGUUUGGCGUGCUCGGCUUUCUAACCGGCUCUUACGUCAGUAUCAAGGAGAUCAUCGAGCAAAAGUGAAAAGCAAAUUUGGCAAGACGAGGAGCAGCGAUGCGACCGAAUUAACGAUCCUCCGUUGCGUAUUACGAACGCCCGGUAUGUUGUUGUGCUUAAUCUCGCUCGCUCGCGAACGCAACUGCGAUCACCUCGUCCGCUCGCGUUUCCACUUCCCGGAAGGAGAAAGAAGAAGAAGGCCGCGUAGAAAGACGUCCGAAAAGGACAAGUAAAUAGCGAGCACGAGUACGAGUUGCUUAUACUUUUCUCUUUACUAUCACGAUCUCCGAUAGAUAUCGAUGAUCGUAUUGACGAUGAGGACGCAAUCAAAUCCCCCCCCCCCCUCCCUUCCGCUUUCACUUUUAUUCCUUUUUUCUUAUUAAGUUGUGCUAGAUAUCAUUCGAGAACGCCGUCGUACAAUACACGUCGUAUAUAAUAGUUCAUCUCGUUAAUUACGACUUCAAACCAACGACUUUAUUACUACGACGAUCGGGCUUCGACGAAGGGCGUUCUACGGGAAGCCAACGAUCAAUGCGAUUGUGCCAAUUGUAAAAAAGCAACGGUGAGAUUAUGAGUCUUCGACUGUAAUUGUAGGACGGAUUCUUUUAGAAAUUUUUCGUUGAUUAUUUGUACGGCAAAUUAAUUUGUACGCACUCAAGUUUUGAUCAUAAUCACGCGGAUUAUAUUUUAUAUAAUCUUCCUCUUGACGUAAAGCUGAAAAAUUACUAAAAAGCUUAAAAUUACUAAACUUAUAUUCGUCGAAAAUCGCAGAUGCGAUGCAGAGUAAAUUACGAGUAAAAGGGAAAUACGUUUGCCUUUCGUUAAUACGUAUGCUUUGCUCUUACUCUCUUUCGAAAUUUGUUUUGCGUAUUUGAAAGUAGGGGAAAAAAAAAAAAAAGAAAAAGAAAAAGAAGGGACGGUGAAGGAGACAGGAAGAAGAGGACGAAAUCGAUCGUCGCAUCGUCAUCGACGGAAGCCACUGAUCUGUUCCUAGUGCAUGAUGCACGAAAUCGUACAAAAGAUUAUCGAUUAAUUGUAAGAUGCGCUAAUCAAGACGGCUAACAUUGCCGUCGAAUGUGCGUUUGCUAGUCCGUCAUAAUGGAAGUAACGACUAAAACGAAUAGAAGUGAUAUAUACAGAAAAACGCACGUACCUCUGGUUUUUAAUAUUAAAGAGAGGUUUCGUAGAUCUUUGCACAAUUGUUUCAACAUGGUCGUAUAUUGGACUUACGUUUCGAAAUACAUUAUUUAUUAGAGUCUUCUUUCAAAAUUUGAUACCAACGGAGAAUUGAGACCAGUCGUUCCAGACGACAUUCGUUUGGAAAGAAUAAAAAAGCUAUGAUCUGUAAGGUUAUUAUAAUCGUUGGUACCUUUUCUAUCGAUAAUCCUUUCAUCGAUAAUCUUACAAGAACGGUGCCAUUACUAAACAAUCGGUCAUUCGAUGAGUCCUAUGUAUUUAUAUGUACCAUAAUACGUACGUAUAUCGCGACGAAGAAAAAUUAGACGCACGGGGAGUUUGCUCUUUCAGCUAAUCCUUUUUCCAUGCGUCUUACAUGUAUCUCUCUUUGUUGUGUUGUAUACAACUUGGGGGUGUUCGACAAUAACCGUUUAUAUACGUACUACUAGGGCGCAUUAACAAUGUAGAAGGACCGUUGUAAAUAAAAGAGAAACGCAAAUAAUGCGAGACAAAAGAUGAUUAGUCGAUGCUAUGAUGUUGACAAUAAUUGUAAAUGUCGUUAUAUAAUAACUUCAUCGCUGUGAUUCUUAUACAGUAUUAAUGCGAUUUUCAUAUUCAACUCGAUUGUUUGUUUUUGCGAAAAAAAAAAAAAAUACGAAAAGAAAAAAAGAAGAAGCGACAUUGAUAUUUAGAAGAAGAAGGAAGAAAAAGAGAAUAGAACGAUCGUGGAUAAGUCUCUUUUUGAAUCGGCCGUUUAAAUUGGUAAAAGGACAUAUAACGUGCUUUAUUGAUUACAAAUCAUUCUCUCGAUAUAAUAUCAAGCAUCGACUAUUUGACAUACGAAUAAUAUUCUACAAUCACGCUUAAUCGCACAUUAAUUUAAUAUAUGGUAUGCAUGUUGUUAUAUAUAUAUAUAUAUAUAUAUAUAUAUAUAUAUAUAUAUAUAAAAUGUGCAAACACUUAAACGCAACCUUUAAUGCCAACUUUUAAUGACUUUUUUCUCGUUUUAUAAGAGUUUAUCGAAAUUUAUUAUCGUGCGAGUAGAUUAAAUUUACUUAUGCAAAUGUCUUUUUCUUUGCCCAAAUUGUUAAUUUAUCUAUCAUUAUAAAUAUAAGCGUUAUAUUUAAUAAAUAAAUCAACUUGCAGAUAUUUUUCUUUUUCAAUGCGUUACUUUUUAUAAUUCACCUAGCUGUAAAUGGCUCUUUGAGUGAUCAAUCGUAAUCGGUUGUUUGAUUUGUUCUGAUCGUUGGAUGCCAUAUUUCUGCGCAAUUCUCUUCUCAUUAUUUCAAACGUUAAGAACCAAAUUAAAUUAAAUUUUCUAACUUAAUCGAUGAAUAUACGAACCAUACGCCCAUUCCAUGAAUCCAAAUAAUCUCAAGAUAAGCUAAUGUGAGUGAACAAAAAUGUGCCCUUAUUAAGAGAGAAUUUCUUUUUAAUUGAUACCACGUAUCGCUACGUGAUCCGUAUUAAAAUGCGUGUGCAAUAUCGUCGGUCGGAAGAUAGAAAAUAAUAUAAUUACUUACAUUGAUACGUAUGUAAUCGUAUAUGACAAAAUAUCAUGCUACUGCGAUUUGGUAUUGUUAUUAAUCUCUACGGAGACGGGAUCUUUUAAAAGUUAUUUAUUUAUGGUAUUUAAACGUCCCUUAUUUAUAAGGGCGACGUUCGAGAGAGAGAGAGAGAGAGAGA